UUAAAAUGAGGGUUGGUUUAUUUUUUUUUACGUGACAUAAUUUAUCACAGAACACAGAUUACUUACGUUAGCUAUGUAACACAAGAAAUUACCAGAAAUCCGAGAAAUUCGCACUAAAUUAUCGUAAAAUUAUUCAAUUUUCUUGUUUAAUGGAUCAAGAAACGGCGCAAGCCUUAUUCGAUAAAGGCGCGUUCUUGCUUUUCUUGAACGCGCCCGAAGGAAUGGAGUUCGGCAUAGAUAACAAUUGUUGGAAAAUAGGACCAAAGUUUAAAGGAGUGAAGCUUAUUCCUCCCGGUCUACAUUUUGUAUAUUAUAGUACUUCAGAUAAGUCUGGUACUUCCGGACUUAAAACAGGAUUUUUCAAAUUUUAUGAUUCAAAGGAAAUAGUGAUCAAAUAUUGGGAUUGUACAUUAGAGGAUAUUAAAAAAGAUGAACCGACGGAUGAACUAUUAAAAUCGGAUAUGCGUCAAUUUGAUCCAUUUUUAGGACCCUAUCCCUUAUCACCACCUACGAAUUUUCAAAAAUGGGUUCAUUUAACGAAUUUUAUAACUCCUCGCCUUAUUUCUAUUAUAUUGCCUCGUGAAGGGAAAGUAACUAAUGUCUCAUCAUCUACUGUUGAUGAAGAAGAGUUACUUAAAUUAAAUGAUUUGAAACAUGAAGAAAAUGAUAUGAUUUUAUUUACAAAAUUUGACCUCAAAAAAAGUUGGAGGCCUGGUGCUACAGGUCAAGAAGUCACAAAAUAUAGCCAAGAUAAAAGUUGGCUUUUAUCCGAUUUAUUUAAAAAUGUUUACAAUAAUGAUCAUAAGGAAUUAUUAGGAGAAUUGCAAUUAGCUUUUAUAUGCUUUUUAAUUGCAGAAAACUAUGCAGGAUUUAUGCAAUGGAAAAAUAUAGUUCUAUUGAUUUGUUCAUGCCAAGAAGCGAUAGAAAAAUAUGUGGAUACAAUAUUUACUGAUUUUCUUGAUGUAUUAAAAUACCAACUUGAAGAAUGUCCACGAGAUUUUUUUCAUAAUAUAGUGACUGAAAAUAAUUAUUUAACUCAUGCAUUAAAGAAUUUCCGUCGAAAUAUUUUGGAAGUAUUGUCAACAGAUACAAUAUCGCAACAAAAUUUAGAAAAUUUACAUGUUUUAAGACGUCGAUUUGAAAAAUUUAGAGGUUUUCUUAAUCAAAGAUUUAAUUGGGAAAUUGUUGACGAAGAAACAGCUCGAGAGGAAGAAGAGGAGGAAGGAGAAUAUGCACCGGUUGUAGUGGAAUUACCUGAUACCGAAUAAACGAUAAUAGACACUACAUUUAACAAAUCUCAGCGUUCCAAAUUUUCGAAAUUGUAGAAGAGGAAUGUCUUGUAACUAUUUAUACUUUGAAACUUUAUUAUUAUAAUUAUGAGAUCGAUAGUGAUGAUAAUAAUAAAAAUCUAUUUUUUAAUCAUAUUAUAGAAUAUGAAGCUGUAAUUGAUUGAUUUUGAUAAAAUAGGUUA